AAUCAAACUGGCAACAUUAUUGCUAGGAUACGAGUUUUGCCGAACGUUUUUCUAUUGGAUGCCGAGAAUAGCCGAACGAAUGAUUAGGUCACGUGGUACUUUUGGAGUCUUCGUGGCGUAGCUUGUUCAGCUGCUCGUCGAAGCGGCUGUCGGACGGUCGCCUCUCAGCGAGUCGGCGUACAAUGUAGCGGCCAUUUUUGUUCUUUAGUUCAUUUUAGCGUGCGCAUAUUUUAAUGUCUUUAGAAGGAUAUUCAGGCAAUUAUCACGAUGACUAUAAUAGUCUUUUUAAUAGAUACGUCUGCUUCUAUGAACCAAAGAGCUUAUUUGGGCGGACGCCCAACGUUGCUCGAUGUAGCCAAGGGCGCUGUGGAAACGUUCGUGAAGGUUCGUCAGCGGUCUCCCGAAAGCCGAGGCGACAGAUAUAUGCUUCUUACUUUCGAAGAGCCACCCGCGAACAUCAAGGCAGGCUGGAAGGAGAAUUUAGCGACAUUUAUUAAUGAAUUGAAGAAUUUACAAUGCCUUGGUCUCACUACUAUGGGUGCAGCUCUGAAACAUGCUUUCGAUGUCUUGAAUAUAAAUCGUAUGCAGACUGGAAUCGAUACAUAUGGCCAAGGCAGAUGCCCCUUUUACUUGGAACCAUCUGUUAUAGUUGUUAUAACGGAUGGAGGAAAAUUAUCAAGUAAUGCUGGCAUUCAGGAAGAAUUCAAUCUGCCUAUGAACUGCCCAAUACCUGGGUCCGAACUGACCCGAGAACCAUUCCGAUGGGACCAAAGACUUUUCUCACUGGUGCUUCGUCUGGCUGGUACACCUGCAGUGGAGAGGGAUACUGGACUGGUGCCUUCAGACUCGUCGCCCAUUGAUGCCAUGUGUGAAGUUACUGGUGGCCGAUCAUACUGCAUCACCUCACACCGCAUGUUGAUGCAGUGCAUUGACAGCUUGGUGCAGAAAGUGCAGAGCGGCGUCGUCAUCAACUUCGAGAAGAUUGGCCCCGACCCGCCGCCCAUAGAUGGAGGGAACAAUAGGGAGGGCGAGCAGGGCGACGAUAUGAACCACGAUAUCGAUAAGGAGAUGGAGGGAGACAGCGAGAGGAAUGGGCGCUGGAACGGUGGCCCGUACCAAACGGGGAUGCCCCCGAACCAAGGCCAGAGUGCACCGCAGGCGUGGCACUCCUGUCGGCGGCUCAUCUACGUGCCCCGCACGGUCGCUCAGAAGGGAUUCGCAGUUGGCUUCUGGCCCAUACCGGAGUCUUUUAGGCCAGACCCGAAUGCGCCCGCUUUGCCACCUCGCUCGGCGCACCCAGUAGUCAAGUUCACUUGUUCGAGCCAGGAGCCGAUGGUGAUUGACAACUUGCCUUUUGACAAGUACGAGUUGGAGCCUAGUCCUCUGACGCAGUUCAUCCUAGCGAGGAAACAGCCGACCAUCUGCUGGCAGGUGUUCGUCGCGAACAGUGGUUGCAAGAAUGCCGAAGUGAACCAUCCCUUUGGUUACCUGAAAGCUUCAACCAACCUGACGUGUGUGAACUUGUUUGUGCUGCCGUACAACUAUCCAGUGCUGUUGCCUUUACUGGACGAUCUAUUCAAGGUGCACCGCUGCAAACCGACGCCGGAGUGGAAACUGGCCUUCCAGCAGUAUCUGGAUAGGAUGCCGUCGUACUAUAUAGCGAAUUCCACGUUUCAGCCCCUGCGCAGAGCUUUAACGAAAAUGGGUGCGUCAGCGCCACUUCUUCAGAGCCUCAUUCCAGACAUGCAAGACAACACGCUCAGUUUCUCAGUACUGAACUAUUUGAAAAGACUGAAGAAUCAAGCUAAGAUUGAAUUCGAGAAGCUGUGCGCUGACGUCAUAAACAAGUCUUCCAGUAACAAUGUUCAGAAGAUAGCAGAAAGCGUCCGUGUGAUGCCGCGUUCCCCGCUCAAAAAGGACUUGACCACGCAUCCGUGUCUUCAAGACAAAUUCACAGCGCUGAGGGAUCAGCUCAACGAAUUUGGCGGCUUCGUAGUGGGACUCUCGCGGGGACGGCAUAAGACACAAGUGCACACGUAUAGGAACCCCUUCGAUAUACAGAGGAGGGACUUGUUGGAUCAGGUUGUGCGAAUGCGAGCAAACUUCCUGCAACCAUCGCUAGCGCACACGCGUUUGGUAGACGAGGAUAGUCUCCAUACCAUGCCGGUGGCACAGAUGGGCAACUACCAGGAGUAUCUCAAGCGCAUGACGCCGCAACUAAGGGAGCUCGAGUCGCAGCCCGUGCGGCAACACAUGUUCGGCAACCCGUUCAAGAUAGACAAGCGAAUGAUGGUCGACGAGGCGGACGUUGACCCAGUGAGCGCCGUCAAAAGCGGCGGCGGGGGCGGCGGCGCGGGGGGCAAGCGGGGAUCAGAGACCCCUCGCAACAUGCCGCCGAAGAGGAAAGUGGGGCCGUUGCCCGCGCACUUUGUGGCGCGGCGGCCGUCGUCGCCGGCGGUGUCGACGCCGCCGGUUUCGCCGGCGCCGCCGGUUACGCCGCCGCCCGCCGCUCCGUUGUCCCCGGUUACAAUGAGGCGGCCGGUGUCGCCUCAAGCGCCGGUACCCUCGGAUCUACCCUCUGGAAGGCCACCCGAGGAGCCUCCAAACGUGGAUACCGGCGGGCCGGUCGGCGGGCCCGCACCUCCCACUCCCCCGCCGCCGGCAGCCGCGCCGGCAAACCUACCGCCUGUUAUCAAGCCCUUUCUCAAUGGAGACGCGUACACAACCAUGGGCAGUAAGAUGCCGCGGUCUCCGUCGCCGCCCACCAUCGCAGCGCCGAUCAUUCAUGUGCCUGCGCAUGAUUCCCAGGAGCUGCAGAUCAACGCCAUCUUACAAGGCGUGGCCGCCGAAAACAACGCCCACUCGCGCCCGCCCAAGCGGAAACGGAAGGAGUUGCAGAUCAACGCCAUCUUACAGAGCUUGGCUGCCGAGAACAACGCCCACUCGCGUCCGCACAAGCUGAAACGAAAGCAUAGCCCGAACAAGCCGCCGCCACCGCCGCUGCCGCCGCAGCCGUCGCGCAAGGAGCUAGCUGAUAUCAAGAAGCACAAUCUGGACGUGCGAUCCGAAGUGUUCCGGGCGAUACGACGUCCCGGGAGAGAUUUCUCAAAACUGUUCGAACACUUAAAACAAUUGAAAGGUGGUGUGGAUACUAAAAAAGAAGUGUUACGUGAUGUGAUAAACGAGUCGCUAAGGUUUAAGAGGAAGGCGUUGGCCAAACUGCUUGAGGACUUUCUGGCCGGUCUCGAUAAGAACGGCAGUAGUGCGGUCAACAUCAAGCGGGUGGCUAAUUCUUUGAACAACUACGCGAAUAACCACAGCUAGUGGUGUGCCCCACCCCAAGACAUUAAGGUAUCGAAUACCGAAAUAAAGUGGAAGCUCAAUUUGUGAAGUGCGGUGGUCGAUUUUACAGGAUCCGUCGUAAAUGAUUGCGUCUCAAACCAACCGCGAAAAUGUGUUCCUUUUAUCUGUCGCAUUGUCUUCAUCUAAUAAACUGUAGCUUUUAUAUGGUUAAGCUUUUAUUGACUCAAAAUGUUACGCAUAAAUUCCUUGAUCAACUUGAAAAUGGGUUUCCUGAGAUUUGUAUUAGGUAUUUUUGUAAUGAAGCAUGUUUGAUAUUACGGUUUCUCCAUACUUAGUUUUAUGGUUGACAAGUGAAACCAAGUGACGCGAAGUCAGCCUGUUCUACUUUAAGUACUAGUGCAAUAAACAUUUCCAAAAAGUAACCAGUCAUCUCCAGUAUAUAAUUUUAGUAUGUGAUACGUAUUUUUAUUUAUUGAUCGAUUAUUAAAUGCGAUGUUGAUUCUUGCAAUUGUAACUGUUUUCGCGGUUACCCAUAUUGAAAAUGCUUUAAUACUGUGUGAAAAGGGUAGAUUUUAUCCGUUGUAUAAUGUAUGUUGAUUUAGUACGUAAUAUUUGCCUUGUGAUUCUGAUUGUUCAACAUUACAAUAAAUCGAUAUACAUAGAUAUUAAAUGUACUUAUCGGUGUUUACCUUCAUGUUUUCCUUGUAAAGUCUCUAAAUGUCGAUAUCCUUGUUUUUAAAUGACGAAUACAGAAUAUCACAAUCGCAGCAUGGCGUACUAAUGAGUACUCUAUAAACCAUUAUCGAAUAAUUUUAAUGAUACUUGAAUUUGUCCGCCAUAAAUAUGAAUAACUUAAAUACUUGGUUAUCGGUAGUUAUCGGUAGUUAUCAGCGAUAUGCUAGUAUUUCGGACGUGAUUUCCUCCCAUAACGUUCGAGAACAAUGGCGGUCAAAUAGAGUAGCAAUAUGAAUAAUUGUUUACAAUAAUUCAAAAUCACAUCUCAAAUGGAUCAUAUCAUAAUAUAAGUUUCAAAGCAUUUAUUUGUAUUCACGCAUCGGAAAUUUACAUUUUACUGUCCGACCUCAGUGUUAGUGGAAUGCGUCACUCUCUGUUGUGAGUGUUGAUGAUAUUAGGGUUCUGUAGUCAAAGUGGAUAUUUUUUCGGUUCUGGAAAUUCUAUCGA